CUCCCUGUGCGCUGCACUGGGGCCCCUGCUGGGAUUUGGUAUAUUAGCAGGUGGAGGAAGAGUAAAAGCCUAAAAUGGCCACCAUACCCUCCUCACCAUCACCAUCAUCACCACCACCACCACCACCAGCAGCAGCAGAAGCAGCAGCAGCAGCACUACCUCGGAAGCCCAUCCCCUAGCGUCCGUCCGGGGAAAGUACCCUGCAUGCGCAUGGGCGGAGAGUCUGCCGCUGUGCGCUGUUAUUAUUGUAAGAGUAAUUUCUUUUUCUUUUUCUUUUUUUUUUUGUACGAAAAUGGCGUCUAGUCAGGGAGGUGUGGGAGCUGUCACUGCUCUACAAAGCCAUCACUACUCUAGCGGACCUCACUGGAGCCCGGGCAUCAGCCAGUACCAGCACCAGCAGCAGCACCACACGGCCCGCAGCCUGGACCGGGCUCUGGAGGAUGCCGUGUGCUCGGGGAUACUGAACCUGAGCGGGAGGAAGCUGAGGGAGUACCCGGGGAUGAGCUACGAUCUGACCGAUACAACACAAGCAGAUCUCUCCAAGAACCGUCUCACAGAAAUCCCUCCAGAAGUGUGUCUGUUCGCCCCCCUCGAGUCGCUCAACCUCUACCACAACUGCAUCAAGUGCAUCCCAGAAGCCAUUAUCAAUCUGCAGAUGCUGACUUAUCUCGAUAUCAGCCGAAAUCUCUUAUCAGUUUUGCCAAAAUACCUGUUCAACCUCCCCCUCAAAGUUCUGCUUGUGAGCAACAACAAGCUUGUGUCCAUCCCCGAGGAGAUCGGCAAGGCCAGAGAGUUGAUGGAACUGGACGUGAGCUGUAAUGAGAUCCAGGUGCUGCCAGCUCAGGUGGGGAGGCUUGUAGCCUUACGAGAACUCAACAUCAGGAAGAAUUGUCUUCACAUGCUGCCUGAGGAAUUGGCUGACCUGCCUCUCAUUAGACUUGACUUCUCCUGCAAUAAGAUCACAGAGAUUCCUCCAGCCUACAGGAAACUCAGGCAACUGCAGCACAUCAUCCUAGACAACAAUCCUAUGCAGUCUCCACCCGCACAGAUUUGUCUUAAGGGCAAAGUGCACAUAUUCAAGUACCUGAACAUCCAGGCAUGUAGGAUGGAUAAGAAACCAGACACCCUGGACCUCCCCUCCCUCGGCAAACGUUGCCUUCCACAGCCGCUUACAGAUAGCAUGGAAGAUUUUUAUCCCAGUAAGAACCAUGGGCCUGACUCUGGAAUCGGUAGUGAUAAUGGUGACAAGAGGCUGUCUACAACAGAGCCUUCAGAUGAUGACACGGUCAGCCUGCACUCUCAGGUUUCAGAGACAGCCCGUGCUGAUGCCCUCUCACUCCUCUCCAAAAUGGACUCGUGCAAAGAUCAGGAUCUCUAUGACUUUAUAGAGCCCAACCCACACGAGGUUCCUGCUCUGUCAGAGUGUGAUGGGCAGCAGAGCACUCAUGUGUCUUGUAUAAAGGAACUGGAAAAAGUUCUUAACAUGUCUCACCAAAGCAAAGAUAAAGAUAGCUGGAAAGAGGAGUCAGGUUCCGACAAGGAGCAGCUAGUUGAGGAAGAGGAUGAUGAGCUGAAGGAAGUGCUGGAUCUGAGGAAGAUUGCUGUUCAACUUUUGCAGCAGGAGCAGCAGAAUAGACGACGGUCCUUAAUUUGCAGAGCAGAGAGUCUUAUUCACCGACGGAGAGUGACCGGCCGAGCUCACAGGUUCCUAAGUCACUCUGGAAGCUCCAGCAGCAAACCGAGGCCCCCGCCUCAGACAGCUCGAAGUGCUUCUCUGGAUGAGGGAAGCAGUGGAGCAUCAGUGCUGAGUGGACAGCCUUCAUCCUCCUGCUCCUUUGACGGCAGCCUGAAGACAGAUCAGUCAGAUUCAGAGCCAAAGUGGCCUGAAGUCCCCCCUGUCCUUAAUCAGAAUGAAGAUCGGCGGAGGAAUAAGUACCUGAGAAAGGAUUAUCUGAAGUACAAAUGUCAGAGUUCUCGGAAAAACUCCAGUGGGAAUGACGACUGCGAGGAGGGCUUACGCAAUGCUGAUUUCAGCACCACCCUGACAGUAUUUGGACUAAAGCCUAGAUCAGCCUUCACCAGAGGAAGCCGUCAGGAGUACAGCUCAACAGACCCCAGUUUCACUAUGCGGAGGAAGAUGGAGCACUUGAGAGAGGAAAUGGAACAGAUAGGACUCUUACGACAGAACAUCGAGUCCAGACUGAAGGUGUUGCUCCCAGAUGAUGUUGGAGCUGCUCUGAUGGAUGGGGUUGUCCUUUGCCAUUUGGCCAAUCACAUUUGUCCUCGGUCUGUCGCCAGCAUCCACGUACCAUCACCUGCAGUGCCAAAGCUUAGCAUGGCUAAAUGUCGUAGGAAUGUGGAGAACUUCUUGGAUGCCUGUAAGAAGCUGGGUGUCCCACAGGACAAGCUGUGUCUGCCACAUCAUAUCCUGGAAGAGCGCGGUUUGGUGAAGGUGGGUGUGACUGUCCAGGCUCUGCUUGAUCUGCCUACGUCAAAGCCCACACAACUGUCUGCUGUGUGACACAAGCCUGAGUGUGUCAUCCAGCCUGCAGUCAUCCAGCCCUCACCAUCUGUUCCCUAGCCCCUAACCCACACCCCAUCGCCAGGGACCAGAGAGCCCCCCAGGGCGAGGACCCAGUGGCCUGUGGGUCUUUGGGAGUUCUCUGCCUGACUGAAACAGGAGACAGGAUGGUGAAAUACCUCCAUCUCCUUAUAUGAUGUCAGCCGCUAUCCACUUCCUGUCCAUGGCAUUUUCACUUGUAUCCUGUUCCUAGUUACUGGGGUCAUCCUGUUUGUGUGUGGACCACCUAUAUGACUGUGUGUUUCCUGAGCUUCACAGUUUGGACUUGCUGAAAAGAGACGGACAAGACAAUGGGUCUUGUAGGAAAACCUGUACAUCCCUCUAACUACGUUCAGUGAUUAUUGAGCCUGCAAGUGCCAAUACUGAUAAAAAAUUCCCAUGCUGGUUUUGAAGACAUUGGCGGUAAGGAGAUGUAGACAUGUAACUCACUCUUUCACUGGUGAGAAUUAAGCUGCGUACUGAUCUCUCAGCCACAAACCACUGACUAACCUCAAGGGGCUGAGUUUCUCUUUCUUGUUUGUGAAAUUUAUUUUUCUCAUGAAACUUUAUUUGUGUGUGUGUUUUUUUUAAUGGCUUGCAUCAGGUCCCUACUGUGUCUUCUUUUCAGCAGCCAAACCCUAUUAAUAUGUAGUGUUAACUUAUUUGUCAAGUAUUGCAUUUGAGCAACCACAGCUCCACUGCAAUUUAAGGGAAAAUGCAAGGAUUGCUCUCUGAAAAGCAUGAAAGGUAGAAUUGAAUUUGAUGUUGUCUUUGGGGAAGUCAUGCUACCAUAAGCAACCUCCAUUUUCCCUCGAACUCUGGUAUGGUUGCUACAUCUGUAAACUACUGUACAAAUCAUGCACAAUUCCAUUCUUACUCAAUACAAACCUGUGUGAACAAGGGGAGGUGACCACUGUGAUAACGUACUUGGCCCUGGCCAAAAGCGUGAUGGUUCUGUUUCGUAGCAUUUUCCAUUGCACAUGCAAGCCCUUACUUUACUUGCAAUUUUCUACUGCUUUUAUACUUUCCUCCCAGUCAUUGCUGAUUAUCGCAUGCCAUUUUUUUGUAGUUGAUGUUAGAGACAAAGCAGAUUUUAUUGCUUUGCGGAACCUUGGAGGAAACAUGCUCAUACAGUACGCGUUGUGAGAGGAGUGAGGGGCCUCUGGAUCAGAAAAGUCUUCUGCACUGCUCAGAGGCAAUCGCUCCUUCAAACCAGCCAUGACACAAUCUUAUCUUACUGCCAGGCCACUCUGCUGCAUGUGGUUUAUGAUGCAAUUCACCAUUUCACAGAAAUUAAAUUAUUUAUGUACUGUAUUUAUUCAUUUAUUUUAUAUUUAUGUCUCAUUGCUUUGUGCGUCUUAACGGUGACCAUCUGUUUAGGUGUGGUACAGUUGACCUUUGAGAUCAACAUAUGUUUUUCUCUUUGCACCGUGUCAACUUAAUGACUCUGUAACCAGAAAUUAGAAAAUGCCUGAAAGCAGCUGGACGUAUAGCUAUACUGUUCCUCUGUUCAUUGUUUCAAAUUAUGAAUUACUGACUGCUGUCACUUGUUGUUUCAUACUGGUUGACACUGGUGUAACACGAAAAUCACUCAGUGUGUAAGUCUAAAUGCACAUAUUUUCACACCAUGUCUCAGGAGAGCUAACAACAGUGCUGAGAGCAUGAAAUGCACCCGCAUAACAGAGACUUGAUUCUGUGGCAGUCAUGCAACAGUUGAAGCCAACUUAAGGAAUUAUGUGUCUGUAUAACAGAAGCACACCUUGUUUUAUGUUUUAAAUUGAUGUGCCUCUUAUUCAUGCAUUGGUAUUUCUGUGGGGCAAUAUUAAUUUGCUUGUCAUGCGGUUGGCAUGUUGGCUUUGGCUAUGCUGGAUAAGAUAGAAUUCCCUCAGGCAGAUUUACUGCACCACUCAUUUUAAAAUUAGCUCUCCAACAUGUGAAGACAAGGAAUUGAGGUAAAGCACAUUAUAGGUUAAUUAUAAAUAUCAUAAAUCAACUUAAGAACUUUGACUAUGAAUUCAUUAUAUGUAAAAAUGGUGAUGAUGCUGGCCAAAAGGCUUAUCUAUCAAAAGUCUCUAAAAUGUGGUACAGAUCAAAGUUUUUAUUCACUUUUCAUGAUCAAGUAAAAAGAUAAAACUUUUCUCUGGCUUCAUGACCUGUAUUGACUAUCUAAUCUAUCAGUGACAUAAAGUUAAAGCAGAUGUGGAUGUCUAGUGCAGACGUAGCGAGUCAUAAUGCAGAAACUGUUUAUGGGUUUUUCUUUUUUUUGCUUUGUAGGUUUAGUAGCUGAAACAUCUUGGAGGACAUCAAUAUUUAAUGCCACUUCAACACCUUGAAAGUCCACAAAUAUCAUGUUUAACAAACAGCACUGUAACAUCUGAAAACAUGACAUAUUGUGCCUUAAAGGACGGGUAUCUUUUCUGCAGUCUUCUGCACUAUUAAGUUUGUGAUAUGUACCUGUAUUUUUUGAUCUAGAAAUCUAUGAGUUAAAAUCACUGCCACAUACUUCUCUUUUGUCCUACAAGUGAACAGCAUCCUAUAGAUUUAGUUUAACAUAGGCAGCUCCUCGACCGAUGAGCUACAGCUCUAUAUUGGAGGAGAGUUACAUUAGAGCUCAGUGGACAGUACAUAGAUAUCCAAUAUUUCUGAGAUUUGUACUUGAGGGUUAAUUCACUGACUCAGUGGCUAGCAUGAAUCAGCAUUUCACUUGUAUUGCUUUGCACACCAGAGUUCAAAUACUGUGUCACCUGUCACAUGGUCUGAUGCUCCACUUUGAAUUACUGUUCCUGAGAACCUCUGCUUCUUCCUCUGAAUGCGCCGUAAUGUCUGACUUUGUGCCAACAUAUUCCAUAGAACAGAAACCACAGAGAUACAAAAUGAUACAGGGCUUCCAGUUAAUAAUGCCUCCGUGUGAGUGUAAAUUAUGCACAGAUAAUGACAGAGUCUCAUCUCACACCUGUUCCUUGCAAAGAAAAUCUCUGAGCUCAAAAACAGUCUGCCUCCAGAAAUACCCCUGUCCAUUACACUCUUUUCUAACACUGCAGACAGGUCAUCCUUCAUGCUCCCUGCUGCCAUAUGUUUAUCAAACAAGCAACUUUUUAAGGAAUAGACAUUGCAACUACAGCUUACAUCUGCAUCAUCUGCAUCUUGGAGCAGCAUUUAUCACCAUGUAAAAUGACUGUUUAUUAUGAAACACUGGCAGAUGUAAGAAUCUGAAAAAUAAUACCUUCACGACUGCAGUACACAGUACUUGCCAUGUUAACAUUACAGAAGCUGGUGCGCUAUAUCUGAACUACAAAAGUCACACAGCCAAGAUAGUAGCACUGAUGAAACCAAUGUGUAACCUACCUCAGGUUUGACAUGUCAAAUGCUUCGGUUUUAGUAUUACAUCGUUUUUACAUGUUAAAGAUAAAUGCCUGGAUGUUUUGAAUUUUGAUAGAUUCAGAUACUUUUCUGAUCAGAAGUUAAAAAUGGAUUCAGAUGCUCAGAAUGAUGUAUUAAGACUCAAGUCAAUGAUGUCUGGCCAUAACAAUGUUUGCCACUGCCACAAGUUUGAGGUUGGCUUUCAAUUCCAUUUCAUUUUCACAAUACUGUGACUGGCUGAGUUGAGGCAUGAAAGAGGCAGGAAUUCACACCACUAAGAGGAUUUUUUUGUGGUUUGAUCACAUGUGGUUACUGCUGUGGUUUUUAAUGGGAAUAAAGUAGAUUUUCAGAUAUAUGUGAAUUGUUUGGCAAGGGAGGAUGUCACAAACAGCCUCAAAUGCCCUCUCCUUCCCUGAGAAGAGAGGCUGAAUCAUUCCAAGUUUUGCCAUUUGUUGAAAUGAGAAUGACUAUAAACCUAAAUGCAGCUGGUGUUAUCUUUUUAGUUAAAAAGACUAAAAAAGACUAGUAAUUAAAAAAAGACUUCCUGCUUUUUCCACAGCAAUAAUGAAUUCCAUUCAAACCGUCACACACUCUAAAGGCUUUUUGUCCUAAUCGUACAGUUCACAGCUUCCUUUUGCUGUAUGGCUGUAGGACACUGUUGAAAGUUCUAGAUGUGACUCAACCCAUUUUUCUUUUUCUUUUUUUUUCUUUUUUUCUUUUGUUAUGUUCAUUGUAACAAACCCUGUAUGCCUGGGACAGUUACAUGUUUCCAUUUAAGCAAAUUACGUCCAGCUUCUUUCCUUUCUGAUCCUGUGUUUAUCUGUUGAAAUUGCCAUUUAUUCCGUCAUUAAUUCACACACAUGCUGGUACAUGAAUGCUGGAGCUGAUCAUGUGUUACCAGUGGUGGAUGAAGUACCUGAAAGCCACACUUAAGUAAAAGUAUCUUCAGAUAUGAGUUGAGAUAUCCUACCCAGAAAAUGACUUUGGUAAAAGUUAAAGUCACCUAAUAGAAUAUAUACAGUAUCUGAUAUGAACUGGACUUAAGUAUGAAAAGUAAUUUUCUGAUAUAAAAUGUAAUUGAAAGUAAAAGUACAAAAAAAAGCAAGCAGUCAGAAUUUUGAGAAUUAUGAAGUUUAUUCUUUUAAGCAUGUACACCAACUUAAAAAUGGAGCCCACAUGACACCUGAAGAAAAACAAGGGCUUCACAACUUAACAGAAUUUAAAGAACAAAAACCCAGUUUUUACCUCCCUCCUUCCUCUAUUCCUUCUCCACAGUAACAAUCCAGUUAUUGCUUGAAACUGAAAAAUUUGCUGUUCAUCUUUAAAAGUAGUUGGUUUUCAGAAUUCAGUCCUGCUCUUCUUGGGCUGAGGACAAGUCCUGCAAUACUAAAUAGCCUUUCACAGACCGCUGAGGCAAGUAGAGACGUGUUCAGCUUCACAGACAACUUGCACAAAGCUGGAAAGGAUUUCAGCAAGUCCAUGUGAUCUGUUGAACAGGCCAAGUAUCCCUCCAAUUGUCUCAUGCCUGAGACGACCGCAGGACAUAGAAAAGUCAUCUUUAUCAGAUUAACUGGACCUGGUGGCAUCAUCCAGCUGCAGGGAGGAUUCUUCCAUGUGCUGCUUGAUGUAGUCAAUUCCUGAACUAAAGUGAGGAUGAAAAUAUAAAUGAUAGGUUUAAUACAACUUUCUAACAUGUCAUGACGCCAACCUGAGGUUUUGUACUAAAUAGUGUGUUUUAAUUUGAGGUUCAUGCACUGUCCAUGCAUUCAUAGUUGAUUUGUGAGCUUGUCAAUAUUACAGUGUCAAAAUGUAUUCCCAUGCACUUAUUUUUCACUAUCCCCACUCUCAACUGCAAUCAAUUCACGGUCUCCUGACAUGUGGCCAAAUCAAUUCCUUAUCCGACCUGUAAAGCAUCUACCAGAGGCUUGCAGUACUUCAAUGGCAACUUGACUCGGUCAAGUUUGAUGGUCAGCCAGUUGAUUGAUUGUUUUUAUUUGCUUCUGCUUGCAAGAUGUUGGUUGCCUGGGCUCAUGGUGUGGCAUGAGGAAUGUGAGUUCAGCUGGAUUAAAUAUCUGAUGAAAGCAAAAACAACACUACUGUUUUAUAUAACUAUAACCAUUUUACUGGAUUCAACAAAAAUAAUUGCAAGUAUUUUUAACAGUUUCAGCUGCAAGUGUGGAUCCUCCACAUUUGUUCCAAAGUGCAUUAUACUUGCCAAAUGUUGAAUAGUACACUUUCUUGUACACCUCAUUGGAUGUUGCUUUCAUGGCAUCAAUGGUAACUAUUAAGUUGAAUAGGUGACAGUGCUGAUGCUUUGGGAGCUGGAACUCAAAACUGUCAUCUUCAUUCAGAGGCAUUGACACAUCAACAAACUCCACUUCUUCACCACCCUCUUGAUCCUCUUGAUCCUUUCCUGGCUGAGAUGCAUCACCAUCACCUCUGACUGCAUUGUUCUUAUCUUCAGCAAAAACUUGGAAAGCUUUUAUGAAGUUAGAGCCGUUGUCUGUUGUUCUUCUCAGAAUCUGCCCCUGAAUUUCAAACUCGGAAUGGAUGUCAUUUGGGGCACUUGUCAACACAAUGUGUGCAAACCCCUGUGCUUGUUUAAAGGCUGCCGAGCAUUUUUUGAGACUGUCAGGCUCAAUCCAGUGGGCAGUAACACCAAUAAAGCUCCACCUUCUGACAGACCAGAAAUCAGUGGUGGUGGUGAUAUGGUCAACUCCCUUCAUGGCCUUCACUCCCUUGGAGACAUCAUCAAUCAUGGAGCGCAGGGUCCUGCCGUGACAUAAUUUUUGCAUUAGGCAGCAGUUCCUUCACAAAAUCUCUAGCCUACAACCACCUAAUUUUGAUGGAAUUGAAAGUAAAACCUAAGAGAGUUUAAAGGCCAAUAUUUCAGUAUCUUUGGAUAAACAUAAGAGACAUUUCAUCCGGUACGAAGAACCUUUCACUCCAAUAUGAUAAAACAUUUCUUGCAAAUAUGGCCACAGGUGUUUGUCUUCGGCACCACCGUUGUUUGUCACAGCUUAACCAUGGCUUUGAGAGCACUUGUUUGCCCAUUAACGUGAUUAACCAAUGAUCUAACUUGCAAGCUAGGAACACUGAUUCACUAAACCUGCUUGCUUGCAGUCCGUGUUCCAACAUCAUUAUGGCCCUUUCAGACACAAUGUGAUUUGAGCUGGGCUUGCCACUGGGUUCCAUGUGCAUCUGUGUUCGGGGGAAGUUUUGGAGGACAGAGCAAAAUAGGCAGAGUUUUCAAAUCUUCUAGCAGGAUUACGUCAUUUUGUUGUUGCCAGCAACAAAGACACAUCUGGUUGGAAACAUGUUUCCAAGAUAGGGCUUUCCUCCCGAGGUCUUGAUAUAAGAGUAAACUUGUGUUGUACAAAUCAGGGAAUUCAGACACACACAAUAUUAGCUUUUCCUCCAUUUUGCCUUCCAUGCCUGGCUGGCUGCCUUGUUUCUAUUGGUCAUGCAGGUAUUUGUCACAACAUGCAGCACCCAGGCGCUACUCCUCCAUGAGCUCGUCGAGCAAGGCGCGGGUGUAGCACAGCGCGCAGCUCGAUGCAGUGACACACUACCGUGGUACGGUGCAAGCCAUUGGAAAUGGGUUUCAGAGCACAGUGGUGCAGUUGUCUGAAAGGGCCUUUAGAUUACCAAAUUUCCUCCAAUUUGAUUUUGUAGUUAUCAAGUAAUGAAGAUGUUUAAAGAAAAUGUAUCGGAGUAAAAGUACACAUUUUAUUUAGGAAAUGAAGUGGAGUAAAAGUAAAAGUUGACAGAAAUAUAAAAACUCAAGUAAGUACAGAUGCUCCUAAAAAAUACUUAAGUACUGUAUUGAAGUAUUAUUACUUUGUUACGUUACACCACUGCAUGUUACAAUGCAAAUUAAUAUGUAAUGUUUUAGUUGCACACACUUAUGUGCAACUCUAAUGCAAUGAGUGUGACUUUGCGCUCCCUCUUUUGAUAUCUGUAUAGUUCAGUUGUUGCAGACAGAUAUUGACAUGAAAAAGGAAUUUCCUGUGUUUCCUAAUGCUGUAUCUUUGGAAGAUAUGCACUUGAUUUGGCAAACUCAGACUGAUUUAAGCCUCAUAUCAGCUUUGGUUAACUUGAAAGAUAGAGUACUGGAUUUUGUGCCCCAUCUCUAACUGUGGAAUCCUAUCAAAAAAAGAUAUCAUCAGGGCCAGUAUGGACUGGAGGAAUUAUUCUACCGACUGAUAACUCUCUUCUAUUGGUGAAAAGUAACAGCUGAUUGUGAUUUUCAGACAUUAAUGUGUGUGUUAGCACCUGUGAGCACGCUGUCAUACACCAAGAACAGUUCUACCCAGUUCUUCAUCAUUCUGUUGUUCAGUAGUACAGAUCAGAUUAAUCAAUAUCCUGUAUGGAAAGUAUUUUAAGAGGCCUGGAAGCAGGUUUGUAUGUUGCUGAGCAAGAGCAACGCACAGAAUGUUCUUCAUUUUGCUUUUUAGUGAUGAUCAUGGAGAGUCAAACUGGCAGAUAAUUUUCUACAGAUGCUGUAGUGGUGCUGAUCCACAUUUUGUAAAUCCACUGCAUUUAUCCUCUGCGUACAUGCAUUUUUUUUGCCUUACAGCCUCCCCAUCUCUGUAACUGGUCACAACUGCUGUAUGGAUGUUUGUUUUUACUCUGUUGUGCUGUUUUUAACGGUUCUCAUCUCAUCCCCAAAAAAAAAAAAAAAUUGAAACAGUGAGUCAUGCCUAAAUACUACACUGCCGAGAAAAUUCUUCAUGUAUAUAAGCGUUUUGUAUUUUAAAACAAGUCAAAUGCAUGCAAGAACACAGAAUGACCGGAGCUGAACCUUUGUACAUAUCAUCUGUAUAAAUUCCAGGGAUUUCUUAAAAAAACAAACGUGGUCAAUAUAAAAUAAAGACGAAUUGUUUGUUUGUCA